AUGAGAGGAUUAGAAGGGUUAAGUUCUCUUCGGGAAUUAGAUGCGUUUUAUGUGAGUGGUAGUGAGGAUGGUGGUGAAGUGUCUAAUCUUGAGGAUUUAAAAAACUUGAACCACAUUCAAAGGUCUCUUGAGAUAGGAUGGUUGAGAAACGUGACGGAUCCGGAAGACGGAAAGAAAGCGGAACUUAAAAGUAAAGAACACCUCGUUGAUUUAACCUUAGAAUUUUCACGGACGACAAGUAGCAAUAGGAUAACGAUUAGAGAUGAUGAAGUCCUUGAAGCCUUGGAGCCACCUCCAAUCUUAGAAACUUUGCGUAUAGAGCAUUACCAAGGAAUCAGAGAGUUCCCUAGUUGUAUUAUGUCUUUAACCAAACUAAAGGUGGUUACACUCUGGAGUUGCCACAAGAUUGAGAAUUUGCCUCCUUUUGGGAAGUUGCCAUCUCUUGAAUUUUUAAACGUAUUUUUCAUGGAUGAGGUGAUAAAGGUGGGCCAUGAAUUGUUGGGAUUGCAAAUUGAUGAUCGUGACAAUGCUAAAACUAGAAAGGAGAGUAAAGGAGAAAUGGUAUCACCAUCAAAUAUUAUUGCAUUCCCCAAGUUGAAACGCCUUUAUUUUGGGGGGAUGGAAAAUUGGGAAGAGUGGGAUGAUGGGAGCUGGACAAGAGGAAAUGAAGAUAAAACAAACAUGUCAAUAAUGCCAUGUCUUCGUUCCUUGGGUAUUUUCGAUUGCCCAAAAUUGAAAGCACUUCCAGAUUACCUCUAUCAGUCAACAACUCUGGAGGAACUGCAAAUCAAUUCUAGCCCCAUUCUAGCAAAACAUUUCCAAGAGAGAACAGGAAAGGGCUGGCCCAACAUCUCUCAUACUCCCAACAUCAGAAUUAUCAACUAA